AAGAAGGAGGUAAACUUUUAUUUAAUGAUAUCAAAACAGCAUGUUAAUUAAGUUUUCUUAUGAUUGUAGGUAGGAACACGGAUGGAGGACAUCGAUCAUGCAUCAGGUGGACCAGUUUUGGUCGCGAUAGACAUGGGAAAUGAUAAAGCUAUGUAUUACGUUUACGCUGAACAAACACGUCUUUCGGAAGGAACUGAAGAUAUCGUUGGCGGAAUCCAGGAUCUAAUGAGCGUUCAUUACGUCCACAAUUUUGUGUACCUGAAGGAGGCAUCAAAGUUUCUCGAGCUAGUCCAACAAUACUUCCUCAAAAUAAUCCCCAGCAAGGGCUCCAAAUCGACCGCCAACCGGGUUGGUCCAAUUCAACGUGUUGUUAAGAAAGCCAUUGAAACGCUUUCAUCAUAUGACGCGUCACAGCCUGGCCCUUCUAAUUUGUGAAAUGCUAGUUUGUUCAACUAAGUGCGUUGAGUUAUGUUAAUAGUAUGAAUAAUUACUAGCGAACAUCUGAAACAUAAUGGGUUUUUAUGACAUUUAAUAUAGUUAAGAGAUAAAAGCUUGAAAUCUGCAAGUGUUAGAUGUUUUAGAUAAGAGAAUAAAAGAGUUUUUAUUAUACUCAAAAUUUGUUUCAAUGCAAUUGCUGCAAAAUUUAUCACAUAACUUUGAUGGUUGAUGUGGUGGCACUAGUUUUGCCAAGUUGAAAUAUUCCAAAACAAAGAGGAAAAAAAGGUAAACCCACAAAUUUUCCGGGUUUUAACGUUUUUUUUGGGAUAUUUCGACUUGGGAAAGCUUAUGUCGCUCCCCAUGCGGUCAAUAAGAGAUAUUUUAACCAAAAAUAUAUAAUAUUACUAUAUAGGACCAAACUUACAAGUAAAUGUAAAUUUAGUAUUGGGAAAAUGAAAUUUACAUCUGUCAAUUUGAGCUCAAUGUAAAAAUAAAAUCUAAUGUAAUGUUACGCCAUA